CAAGAAAGCAUAUAUAUGCAAUGUACAAGAUAUCCUCCUACGCCAUGGAUCUGCAAGAUUCAAGAGGAUUAUUUACCAUCUUUUUGGGGGUGCUUUUAUUUCUCUUUGUUGUUUCAUCCUUAUGGAGGAGGCGCAGAGUGGAAAAUAGGAAAGCACCACCAGAAGCUAGUGGCGCGUGGCCUUUGAUUGGCCACCUCCACCUUUUGGUUGGGUCACAACCACCUCACGUGACGUUGGGCAACAUGGCGGACAAACAUGGCCCCAUAUUCACCUUGCGUCUUGGUGUUCACAAAACACUGAUCGUGAGCAACUGGGAAAUGGCCAAACAGUGUUUUACCGUCAACGACAAAGCGUUUGCUAGUCGUCCCAAAACUUUAGCCACUGAACUGUUGGGCUACAACUUCUCCAUGUUUGGAUUCAGCCCCUACGGUUCUUAUUGGCGUCAGGUGCGUAAGAUUGUUACCACAGAGCUCCUUUCUAUUCACCGAGUAGACAUGCUCAAGCACCUGAUGGAAUCAGAAGUGAAGGCAGUAUUUAAAGAGAGUUACAAGAAUUAUUCCAAAAAAGGAGUGACUGAGAUGCAGAGAUGGUUUGGGGACAUAUCCUUUAACAUAAUAUUCAGAGCAAUGCUAGGAAAACGUUUUGCUAGUGAUGAUAAACAUGAAGAGAACGAACAAAUCCGAAGGGUAAUGAGGGACUUCGUUGAACUUGCGGGGACAUUCGCUGUCUCCGAUGCUCUUCCGUAUUUGAGAUGGUUGGAUUUGGAUGGAGUAGAGAAGAAAAUGAAGAAGACGGCGAAAGGGGUAGAUGGUUUUGUUCAAGUUUGGCUUGAUGAACACAAACGCAACAGGAGUCGUGAUUCAGGUGAACGGAAAGAUGAGGAUUUCAUGGACGUGCUUCUUACCCUUGUUGACGAGGGUGAAGACUUUGACGGCCGUGACAUUGAUAGCGCAAUCAAAGCUACAUGCAUGGCUUUAAUUAUAGCAGGUACAGAUACAACAAUAGGAACAUUAACUUGGGCUCUUUCAUUACUUCUCAACAAUCGUGAAAUUUUAAAUAAGGCUGUCCACGAAUUAGACGCAAAAGUUGGGAGAGAGAAAGUAGUUGAUUUAUCAGACUUGACAAAGUUAGAGUAUAUGCAAUCUAUUAUCAAGGAAACACUUCGUCUGUACCCACCCGCACCACUUAAUUUGAUACAUGAAUCUAUGGAAGAUUGCAUUGUGGGUGGAUAUCACGUGUCAACUGGAACACGUCUUUUGACAAACAUUUCAAAACUUCAACGAGAUCCUUUAUUAUAUCCUAAUCCCUCAGAGUUUCGACCAGAAAGAUUCUUAACAACUCAUAGGGAUAUCGACUUCAAGGGUCGACAUUUUGAAUUGAUUCCAUUUGGUGCUGGCAGAAGAAUGUGUUCCGGAAUGUAUUUCAGUCUUCAAGUAAUGCAGCUAACACUUGCUACUCUACUACAUGGAUUUGACAUUAUAACUCCUGAUGCAAAAUCUGUUCAUAUGUCUGAACAAAUUGGGUUAACCAGCAUCAAGGCUUCCCCGCUCCAAGUCAUUCUUACACCACGUCUCUCUACUCAUAUUUAUGAUGAAAUUUAAAUGGUUAAAGAUAAUGGAGUGUAUCAGAAUAUUAAUAUGUAGCGUACCUACUCUACUUAAGGAUUUUAAUUAUCGAAUUACAUUUUCUUACAAGUUUUUUAUGGUGUGUCUGUGUAUAUAUAAUAUAUUGAAGGGUAUGUGUUUA